AUGAGCGCGUCUGCAGGGACGGGGGUGUUCAUGCUCUCCUUGGUGUCCAUUCCCAUCUGCUAUUUCUUCAACUCUCUCAUUUACAGCAACAGAUUUUUUAAUAUAUACUUUCUUUUAAUUGAUUGUAGUGCUGAAGCUUUCUUCUUCGCUGGGUGUGCAGCACUCAUCAUUUUGGCCAUUUCAGCCCGUUUUAUACUCCAGAAGAAGACUCCAGCUGAUCCACUUUUCUAUGUGUACGCAGUCUAUGCAUUCCUCAGUGUGGUGAAUCUGAUCAUCGGCCUGGAGCAGGACAACAUCAUUGAUGGAUUUGUAACAUUUUACAUCAAAGAGGCAGAUCCACAUAUGAAUACUGCACAUGGGCACAUGAUAUCCUACUGGGAUGGCUGUGUACACUAUCUCAUGUAUCUGCUUAUGAUUGCUGCCAUUACUUGGGGGGACAGUUACAGAGCCAUUGGACUCUACUGGGUAGGAUCUUUUCUCAUGCGUGCCAUAGUCUACAUUCUUGGGAAUGCUGUGGGGAAAUAUGGCACCGAAAUCGGUCCUCUCUUUUUCCUCCACAUGCUGUAUAUCUCAGUGUCCAUCUGGGCCUGUUUCCGCAUCUUCAGCCAGCCCUCCACACAAAAUGUUCAGUUAACAAGCAUCCAGGAGGCCCAGAGGACAAGUUUGCUUAACAGACCUUUGGACUUGAUGUUCAUUAUCUACCUCAUCCCUGCUCUGGCUUUCUGUGUCUUCAGAGGACUGGUUGUCCUGGACUGUCCCAGCAUAUGGUGUCAGAGUUACACACAGCAUUAUGAGCCUUACCUGAAAGACCCUUCAGCCUACCCUAAAAUACAGAUGCUGGUGAGCAUGCUGUACUCCGGCCCGUACUACAUCAUCACUCUCUACGGGCUGUUGGUCCCAGGAUGUGAGUGGAUGCUGGAUCUGACCCUUUUACACUCAGGGGCACUGGCACAGGCCCAGUUCUCUCACAUCGGUGCAUCUCUUCACACACGGACGCCAUUCUCCUACAGAGUGCCAGCUGACAGCCAACCUGUCUUUGUGCUGGUCAACCUGCUGUACGCUCUGGUGCCUCAGGCUCUGUGCUACCGUUGCUCCACCAGUCCUGCCUUCUUCCUCAGGCCCACACCAGACAAGAAAAGUGAAUGA